GAUUCAACUAUUUAGUAAGCAAUAAUGAUCGAUUUGGACAAUAAAGUUGCUUUAAUUACUGGUUCAAGUGAUGGGAUUGGAGCUGCAACCGCUUUACUCUUUUCAUCUUUAGGUGCUAAAGUGGCCAUAGUUGGACGAGACCAAAGUAAACUGGAUAAAGUUGCUGCUGAAUGUGAAUCAAAGUCACCUCAUCACUACAAGCCUGUUGUUAUCAAGGCUGAUUUUGUUAGAGAUGAAGAUGUUAUUCGAACCUUCGAAGAAACCAUUUCUGUUUAUAAGACUUUGGACAUUUUGGUUAACAGUGCUAGUCUUUCUAGCGGAGCUGAUUUCGCCGAUCCUAAUUAUCUUGAUGAGUAUGAUCGAGUAAUGCAAGUCAAUGCGCGAUCUAUUGUUCGAUUGACUGAACUGUCUGUUCCAUUUCUAACUAAAUCUAAAGGAAACAUUGUCAAUGUAUCUGCUAUUAAUAGCCUGACUGCGAAUCCAUCUCACUGGGUUUAUGGUAUGUCCAAGGCUGCACUCGAUAUGUUCACCAAGUCAAUGGCUGGCAAAUUGGCUCCUAAUAUUAGAGUAAAUUCAGUUAAUCCUGGUGCAGUUCAUACUCAGCCUAUUGAACCUUCAAUGUUGGAAAAAUAUAUAGCGAUGAAACCCUUAAAACGAAUCGCUGAACCAAUGAAUAUUGCCAAUUUAAUCGCUUUCCUGACAUCUGAUGCUUCAAGAAACAUGACUGGUUCAAUCGCUGUUUCUGAUUCAGGAUUUCUUGUCGCUGAUCCAUACAAAAUGCUAACGGCGAAAUAAGAAUAGAAAACAUCCAAAAAAUCAACAAAAUCGACACCAUUUUGAACACUUUUUCAGUUUAUUUAGCACUAAAUAUGCGCAAACCUAUUCAUUAAACAGUCAACUUACUGCGAA